AUGCUCUCGCAGAUUAACCAUAAGAAUAUUGUUAAGCUUAAAGGUUGUUGUCUUGAGACAAAAGUUCCUUUACUCGCUUAUGAGUUCAUUUCCAAUGGAACAUUAAGUGACCAUCUUCACACGGAGGAACCAAGAUCACUAACUUGGAAAGAUAGGCUGAGGAUUACAGGUGAAAUAAGCAAAGCUAUUGCUUACCUUCACUCUACCAUUUCAGUCCCCAUAAUCCACAGAGAUAUUAAGCCUUCCAACAUACUUCUUGAUGAUACCUUGACAGCCAAAGUGUCUGAUUUUGGAGCUUCAAGGUACAUUCCCAUAGAUCAAACAGGAACAACAACUGCAGUGCAGGGAACUAUUGGAUAUUUAGACCCUAUGUAUUAUUACACGCGACGACUAACUGAAAGUAGCGAUGUCUAUAGCUUUGUAGUCCUUGUUGAGUUUCUUACAAGGAAGAGACCAUCAUUGUGUAUCUCCUCCGAAGGUGAUUGGAUUGUCACUCAGUUUGUUGAAUUACAUGAGGAUGGCAAUCUGGUCGAUAUACUGUAUCCACAGGUUGUUGAGGAGGGAGGUAAUGAAGUGGAAGAAGUAGCUACUUUAGCUGUGUCAUGCAUGAAAUUGGUAGCUGGAGAGCGACCAACAAUGAGGCAAGUGAAAAUGGCGAUGGAAGCUCUCCAACCACCUAAGAACCGUGUCUUGGGUAAUUUGGCCACUCCAUCAUUGAACUGUCCAUCUACGAGCAGAAGAGCAAAACAAAGUGAAACAAGCAGAUGUUAUAGCCUAGAAGAAGAGUUUAUAUUAUCCUCGAGAUACCCUCGGUAG